AUGCCUGGUGCACCAGGUCGUCAAGGUCCUCCCGGUCAAGAUGGACCACCAGGAAUGCGAGGAAAUGACGGACAACCAGGCAAACCGGGAGCACGCGGACUUCCAGGCAAAGAUGCUCACUACUGUCCAUGCCCUGCUCGAGGUCCUAUGGCUGCUGUUGCUUCCCCGCCAGCCUCGUAUGAGGCACCAACUGAACCAGCGUCGUAUGUGGCACCAGCAGAACCGGCAGUUACGGAAGUUUCUGAGUAUGGGAAAAAGGUUGCAAAAAGAGGCAAGAAGAAGCUGAAGAAAACGUGA